CCUCCAGAGACCCCCAGAUACGCACAGCCCCCUUCCCCCAAUACGCGCUUUUGAUUCUUGGUUACAUUCAUAAACAUCACAGUUUCUCUCAAUUUUCCAGGAUUCUUAGGACCUGCCUGCAUUCAAGAUGUCAACAACCCAAACGGCGUCUGUCGACACAGUUCCUCCCAAGUCACGACGCCUAUUUAGGCUUUACGACCCUGAAGUGGUUGCGGUAAUUGCAAUAUUACUUGGUUUGUUUCAAGUGCUUUUGGCUGUACCAACUUACAACAUCAGCCUAAAUACAACAUUUUUGUUCAUGUGCCCUCUUUCUGUUGGUUGUGUGUCUGUGAUUGCAGGAUCAUUAAGUAUGGCAUCUGAAAGAACCCCUAGCAGACAACUGUUGAAAAAAAGUAUGUUUGCCGGUCUUGCAAGCCUAGGGUUGGCACUGAUUGCUGUUUUUCUGUAUGGUUAUGCUGUGAUCAACAAUCCAGUCCUUCCUCAUUGCCCAGAACCAGAUCCAGAAGUUACCCACUUCUAUGAAAAUAAUACUUGUCCAAGAGACGUUUUUUUGCAUUUGAACAACGCCAUCUCUGGGCUGCUAAUAUUUUAUGAUGUUGUUGCUUUGGCUGUUCAUUGUUUCUUAUCAUAUUCUGCAUUUCAAGGACUGAAGACACUCUGAGAUAACAUUUCAUACACCAAGGAUUUCAUACAACGUGUGUCCUUAUUUUAUGGUGACAGACAUUUAAUUGUUUUUUUUAAUAUUUUGAGUUGUAUUUUUGUCAGUAAAAACUCCUAAAUUUCUCUUGUAGCCUACUUAAUAGCUUCUGUUUUCUUGCUAAACUCAUAAAAAGUUAAAUUACAUGUUAUCAUAUGAAAUACAAUUUGUAAAGUGUUAUACGCCCUUUUCACAUGACGUCACGCAUCUUCCGUUCUGCCGCGAAACAGUGUACCGUUACUUCUGCUAGCACUCCAGUUCGGUAAUGCGCCUAUAAGCUGAUUUGCCAACCGCCAGUAAAACUCAAGAAGUUUCUUCCGCUAGCGCCUCAGAAUGGAUUUUACCAAGUCCCUUGCACAUCUGCCACAAAUACGGCUAGAUGAUGUACAAUGUUGUGACAAGCAGAGCGGGGCGAGAGAGAUGCGAGACCGGUGCAAUGCGUUGCUGCUCUGCUUGUCACAAACGUCUUGCAGACAAAUUUUCGCUAAUGACAAGAUCAAAGCUAGAGAAAGGAUACAAAUUCUUCGUUGAACAAUACCUGUUUGAUUAUGAAGGUAAGUGUUUUGUUUUAUUUUUGUGUUAGCGAAGGUGCUAGGAUAAGUAGUUGAAUACGUGUUCUGUCAGUUUUUUUUCACUGUUGUUAAAUUCCAGCGCGACGGCAAAACGGAACUUCUUGUUUGUUGCAAGACGGAUGUUAAGAUACACUGCUUUGCGAAAAGGCGGAAGUUAAGUGACGUCAUUGUAAAAAGGGCCUAUUGGGGACGUGGAUGCACCAAGAGUGACUUUUACGAGUAAUUACAUUAUUUUGUACUGUUUGUACUAAAUACCCACGAGUUCCUGAAAUAUUACAAUUAAAUUGUAAAAAGUAAAAAAGUACUUUGU